CUUCUCCUAAACAUGUUUAUAUUGAUAAAUGUUAGUUCAUCACCAUGACUCAUCUCUCAUCAAUUCUUCUCUUCACUCCCACUUCAACUCUACCACUCAAAUAUAGAACUAAUUCCCAUCCUUUACAACAAAAUCUUCUUUUUACACCUCCACAAUCACAAUUCAACACCACCCACUUCAAAUCACCACCAUCCAUAGCUAAUUCCAAAAAGUGGAGAAACACAGUUUCAUUCUUCCAAGAUUUUCUCACUGGGGGAAACAAAGAAAGGGAUAUUCAGAGUCUUAAAGAUGAACUCUAUGAAACAAUUGCACCACUUGAACGUGGCGCUGAGGCUAGUCCGGAGGAUCAACAACGUGUGGAUAAGAUUGCUAGUAAACUUGAAGCUGUGAAUUCUGUUAAGGAGCCUCUUAACUCUGACUUGCUCAAUGGAAAAUGGGAGCUUUUGUAUACAACAUCUCAGUCUAUUUUGCAAACAAAGGCCACUGCCAAUUUAGUGCCACUUAACUCAAGAAAAGUGGCUGUCAAGUUUGACUUCUUCAAGAUUGCUAGUUUGAUACCUAUAAAAUCACCAGGGAGUGGUCGCGGCGAAUUGGAAAUUACUUAUUUGGAUCAAGAUUUAAGAAUAUCAAGAGGUAAUAGAGGCAACCUGUUUAUAUUGAAAAUGGUAGAUCCAUCUUAUAGAGUCCCUGUUUGAAGUGAAUUCUUCAAAAUCAAUCAAUGCUACAAAAUUGAAAUCAAGAAAUGGCUCACAAUUUAUGCACAACGGUCAAGCUUUUUUCUCAUUAUAUUAUGUUGGGAAAUCAUGUGAAUGUUUGUUUCAACUGUUUGGUCGUAUGCACCCAAUAUUAAGAUAUUGUUUUCUUAAUACACGUCAAUAUGUAUUUUUUUGAAAAUCAAACAAGUCUCUAUUAAGAUAUUCAAAUUUAAUUCUAGAGUCAAAGUUCAUUUUAAAUUCUGAGAAUAAUAUCAACAACUUU